UAGACGUGCCCCGCGUGGCAAUAGUGAAUCAGUCAACAACUAAUUGUCCUCUGUGGGAGAGCUGUUCACCGCUCGCAGCCCGGCUCGUACCCGUACGGGUCUUGACGUUGACUUGACGAGAGUGAGAGGAGCAACACAGACAUACGCUGGUUGACGUGUGUGGUGUACGUGUCGGGGUCAAUGUUCUUUAUUACGCCCAUCAUGUUGCGAAACAAGUCUCGGCGCAUCAAGGUCGAGUUGAGGAGUGGCGCUCAGACAUCCUUCAUCUACCGAACAACAAAGAGUCCAGCGAAGAAGGCAAUGAGGCUGGCGUAUCGAAAGCAUGACCCUGUUGUCAACAGACAUGUGUGAGCAGGGAAGGAAAAGCGAGCGUUGCGGAACACCACACGCGCUGCUUUUUCCUGUGUGUGUGUCUGUAGUGUGUUCUACGAGACCAAGCUGCCGACGAGCUCUGCAAAGGGCUUUACCUUCAAGGGUCUUAAUCUCGCGCGCAACACGGGGCAAAACAUCGAGGGCCUCAUACGUCGCGUCAGGCGAGACUGGGAGCACGGUGCUUACGACAAGUACUUCAAUCAGGUGAGAAUGCAUGUACGAUACGUUCAUCUGCUGGUGUUGUAUGCAUGACGCGUCGCUGUUCAGGCCUAUCCGCGACUUGUCGAUCACAUGGGCCGGGGGCAGAGGACCCGAUGAGUGUUUGCGGGUCACGCCGGGGCGUUUCGUGGCUCGUUUUAACACCGGACAGAACUCCUGUGCAACAAGUAAACCCAGUAGGUGACGUGCAUCGCCACAUUCAGACAGCGACCCGCGAAGAUGGCGAGGAGGGAGACUCGAGAUCGGGGCAAAGCGAGCACAAGACAAGCAGCGAAGCAAACAAGCCGGCCUCCCGGCAUUCCUCGCGCUCUCGUUGUCGCGCCUACAUGACGCUGUGUAUUGUGUUUGGCCUCCUGCUUUUGGCCCAUUGUAGCCAC